AUGUCUUCGAUACUUGUCAUAUACGUUCUCGCUUUCGUUGUGAUAUCAUACUGCUACGUCCACUCUAUCCUCGUUCCUAGACCCUUUCCGAAUAUUCCCUACAACAAAAUUUCGCGCUUCUUACCCGUUGGCGAUCUCAUACUCCUAGGUCUCUAUAACUUGUCCACUGGCGAAGUGUUCAGCUGGUUCUCGCUCCAAUGCGUCAAACACAAGUCUCCAAUGACACAGAUCUUCAUGCCCUCGAUCUCGACCACACAUCCGGUUAUCAUCAUGGCGGAUGUUCGGGAGAUCGAGGACGUGGCGACAAAGAGAGUGCAGGAGAUCGAUCGCGCGGAUAUUAUGCAUGCUUGGUUUGGCUUGUUGACGCCGAAAGCAACAGUUGGUUUGAAGACUAGAGACAUAGAGUUUAUGACGCAAAGACGCUUAUGGAAUACCAUGUUAAGUCCCCAAUUCUUGAACGAAGUCAUGGGUGUGACUUUUCACAAGGCUGCGGUCAAGCUUGCAGAUUUGUGGGAGGAACAAGCACAACUGGCGGGCAAUGAUUGUGCGUUCCAAAUGAUGGAAGAUAUAAAGAUGGUGACUCUUGAGGGAAUUUGGAAGGCGAUUCUUGGAUCAGAAUUCAGUCUACUCGAUGCCAGAGUGAAGAGUGUGAAAAGCUUUGGAGUGAUUCGAAAGAGUAAAGCGGUAGCCACAUUCAACAAAGGAGAAAUGCCAGACUUUUACACGACGUUGGAGACACUUCAAAUGUGCUUGGGCUGGACCAUGCAGGGGAUAAGCCCAAGAUUCUAUACUUGGGUCUUCAGAAGUACUGGUGUGCUGCCACGCGCAGAGAAGAAGAAAGACCAAGUACUCGAUCACUGCAUAACCACAGCACGAGAAAGACUUCGAAAACAUACCCAAAGCGACAAGUUAGACUUUACGUGUGGUCUCGAUCAGGUCCUGCAGAAAGAAGCCUCGUUGAACAAAAGAGUAGAGCUGAACGGCAUAUCAAUAAGCAACUCAGCCCUCAAAGACGAGAUUCUCGAGCUACUCAUCGCGGGACACGAAACAACCGCAUCCUCCAUCUGCUGGGCCCUCAAGUACUUGACCGACCAUCCUCUUGCACAAACACAACUUCGAAACUCAUUGUACUCUGCGAUACCAGACGCUAGUCCUUCAAACCUACCAUCUGCAAAACGUCUACUCGCAGCUUCUUUGCCUUAUCUUGAUGCAGUAAUAGCAGAAAAUCUGCGCCUCUCAGCAACAGGGCCUGUAUCAUUCCGGCAAACACUGACGGAAUGUGAAUUACUCGGACACGCGAUUCCUGCUGGAACACCCUUGAUUCUCAUCACUGCUGGACCGUCGUACAACGACCCAAAUAUGGCCCCACCUUCUCAAUUAAGCUCAGAUUCUGUACCCUGCUCAGACUUUUACCCGUACCCAUCCAUCCCAUCAAAUCCAAAUCAUCAUCCAACUCCUAGCCUCCACCAUACCGAAUUCAAUCCCUCACGCUGGCUUAUCAAGGGCGUGUUUGAUCCAAACGCGGUAUCCAUGUUUCCCUUCUCCGCGGGUCCGAGGGGGUGUUUCGGGAAGAAGAUUGCUAUGUUGGAACUGCGGAUCGUGCUUGCGGUGCUCAUCAUGCGGUUCCAGUUCCCACGGUUGAGUCCAGAACUGAGUAGGUACGGGGCAAAGGAUGGACUUACCAGACGACCUACCUGCUGUCAUGUCAGACCAAUGCUUGUUGAGACAAGGUGA